ACGGAGGGCUCUGUCUUUUGCGGGCAUUUAGGUCCUGGCUGCGUUUCCCGUGUGUUCCCAAGGGAACUGCUGUCAUCUACAGCAGUUGGGGGUGGCGUUUAGAGCCGCUUCUUCUCAGUUAACGUCUUCUCUGUUUGCCCCGCGCUCAAAGCCUGGAAGCGGUACUUAAGGCUUUGUAGCGAGUAAUUUCUGGUUUUAAUGCGCAGGGAAUUAACGCAUACGCUCCCAGUCCUGCGGGCGAGGUGAGACAGCGCCUGGGUUACUCUGCAGUUUCUCUCCCAGGAGGAUGCUGUGCUGAGGUGCAAGAUGGCUUUGGGGGUUCGGCAGGUCUCCCGCUGGUGUUGUCUGCUCAAAACGGCCCGUGCUGCUGAGCUUCCUCGGAGGCUGAGGAGCUGCAGCAUUACUGCUCAGGCAAGUCGUGCGUUUGCGCCUCUGGCUCUGCGGCCCUCUAGAAAUAAUACUCUUCUGUGGAGAUUGCAGGCGUACAGGCAUGUAUCUGUAGGAAGCUGUUCUCCGCCUGAUAGUGCCAAGGAUGGAUCCUUUUCUUCUCUUGAACGUAACUUGCCUUCACCAGUAGAACAGGAACAAGCAAAAGCAAAACCAUUACCUGAUCUGAAUGCAGAAAUACUGUAUGAAGACUGGGAUGAUGUCCCACCUUCGUCUGCUUUGGAGGAGAUUUCUGAGGAAGAAGCUGUGCAGAUCAUUGCAGAACCACUUCUUCCUCUUCAGUCUUCCACGCUCCGAGAUUAUGUUGAUCACUCAGAAACCUUGGCAAAACUUGUCCACCUAGGAGUUGACUUAUCACAAGUGGAGAAACGUGAAAAAGCAGGUCAGCUCUUACUGACCUUGGACUUUGAAAAGGAUAUAAAAAAAAUACUUCUGUUUCUUAAGGAUGUCGGUGUAGAAGACAAUCAGAUGGGAACAUUCCUGACCAAAAAUCCAUACAUCCUUGCUGAAGAUCUGGAAGCUUUGGAAACCAGAGUGGCUUACCUAAAAUCAAAAAAAUUUGGUAAGGCAGAAAUUGCUCAGAUGGUCUCAAAAGCUCCGUAUUUGCUGUUGUUUUCAGUGGAAAGACUGGAUAACAGACUGGGUUUCUUCAAAAAUGAACUUGGUUUCAGUGUAAAAAAGACAAAGGAUUUGGUAAUCCGUUUUCCAAGGCUUCUGACUGGCAAACUAGAGCCUGUAAAAGAAAAUCUUCAGGUUUGUCAGAUUGAACUUGGUUUUCAACGGAAUGAAAUUCAAGAGAUUGUGUUUAAAACCCCCAAGAUUUUAACUGCAAGUAGAAACAAACUCAAACAGACAUUUGACUACUUACACAACAUAAUGGGCAUUCCCCACCACAUGCUUACUCGCUUUCCUCAGGUUUUCAACUCAAGACUAUUACGAAUCAAAGAGAGACAUAUGUUUCUUACAUUCUUGGGAAGAGCCCAGUAUGACCCAGCACAACCCAGCUACAUCUCUCUGGACCAGCUAGUAUCCUUGCCUGAUGAGGUGUUUUGUACAGAGAUUGCCAAAGCUUCUAUACAGGACUUUGAAAAAUUCUUAAAAACACUUUAAUUAGUAGCACAUGUAAAAAGGAAUAAAGUUGUGAAAUAAACAUGUUUUAUGAAACUA